AUGAACCGAGCCCCCCCUCCACCCCCACCCCCCACCCCCCACCCCAUCCAUGGCCGACGGCGACACGCGUCCGUGCCCCGCCUGCAGCACCGGCCGGGUCAGGGCGCGGACGCGGGGAACGCGGCGCCUCCCCGGCCGAGGCGCGUCCCGUGGAGGACCCCUGACCCGCGCGUGGCGGUCAGGGGCGGUCGGUUCCUGAGCACAGGGGACCAGUCCGCUAAGGGGAACUACGGCCUGCUGGACCAGAUCCAGGCGCUGCGCUGGCUCAACGAGAACGUCGGGCACUUCGGCGGCGAUCCCGAGCGUAUCACCAUCUUCGGGUCGGGCGCCGGGGCUUCCUGCGUCAACCUGCUCAUCCUCUCCCACCACUCUGAGGGGCUGUUCCAGCGGGCCAUAGCCCAGAGCGGCUCCGCCAUCUCCAGCUGGUCCGUCAACUACCAGCCCCUGAAGUACACCAAGAUCCUGGCCCGCAAGGUGGGCUGCACCUACACUGAGACGGCCGACCUGGUGGACUGCCUGAGGAGGAAGAACUUCCGGGAGCUGGUGGACCAGGACAUCCAGCCGGCCCGCUACCACAUCGCCUUCGGGCCCGUGGUGGACGGAGAUGUGGUGCCGGACGACCCGGAGAUCCUCAUGCAGCAGGGGGAGUUCCUGAACUAUGACAUCCUGAUCGGGGUGAACCAGGGAGAGGGCCUGAAGUUCGUGGACGACAGCGAGGACAAUGACGGCAUCUCCGCCGCAGCUUUCGACUACACCAUCUCCAACUUUGUGGACAACCUGUAUGGCUACCCCGAGGGUAAGGACAUCCUGAGAGAGACCAUCAAGUUCAUGUACACGGACUGGGCCGACCGCGACAAUGGGGACAUGCGCAGGAAGACCCUCCUCGCCCUGUUCACCGACCACCAGUGGGUGGCGCCGGCGGUGGCCACGGCCAAGCUGCACGCCGAGUUCCAGUCGCCCGUCUACUUCUACACCUUCUACCACCACUGCCAGACGGAGACGAGGCCCGAGUGGGCGGACGCGGCGCACGGCGACGAGAUCCCCUACGUGUUCGGCGUGCCCAUGAUCGGCGCCACCGACCUGUUCCCCUGCAACUUCUCCAAGAACGACGUGAUGCUCAGCGCCGUGGUGAUGACCUACUGGACCAACUUCGCCAAGACCGGGGAUCCCAACCUGCCGGUCCCCCAGGACACCAAGUUCAUCCACACCAAGCCCAACCGCUUUGAGGAGGUCAUCUGGACCAAGUUCAACUCCAAGGACAAGCAGUACCUCCACAUCGGCCUGAAGCCUCGCGUCAAGGACAACUACCGGGCCAACAAGGUGGCCUUCUGGCUGGAGCUGGUGCCCCACCUCCACAGCCUCCACGAGGAGUUCAUCAGCUCCACCACCACCCGCCUGCCCCCGGGCCCUGGCCAGGGCCCCGCCCACGGCACGGCCCGCCCCGGCCCCCGCCCCACCCGCCGGCCCUACCCCACCUACCCCUCCGACCCGGACCCCGAGGACUCGGAGGGCCCGCUGAGCCCCUUGUUCCCCGGCGACAUGCGCGACUACUCCACGGAGCUGAGCGUGACGGUGGCGGUGGGCGCGUCGCUCCUCUUCCUCAACAUCCUGGCGUUCGCCGCCCUCUACUACAAGCGGGACAAGCGCCACGAGAUGCGCCGCCACCGGCUCUCGCCGCAGCGGGGCGGCCCGGCCAACGACCUGGCCCACAGCCAGGAGGAGGAGAUCAUGUCGCUGCAGAUGAAGCACUCGGAGCACGACGCCCACCACGACAUGGAGCCCCUCCGCCCCCACGACAUCCUGCGGCCCGCCUGCCCGCCCGACUACACGCUGGCGCUGCGCCGGGCGCCCGACGACGUGCCGCUCAUGACCCCCAACACCAUCACCAUGAUCCCCAGCACCAUCACCGGCAUGCAGCCCCUGCAGGCCUUCAACACCUACCCCUCCACCGGCCACAACAACACCCUGCCGCACCCCCACUCCACCACCCGCGUAUAGUAGGCAGGAGAGAGGCGGCAGAGCGCCACCUGGUGGACCACCGCCUGUACAGGACCUGGAUGGCUCUCUCUCUCUCUCACGCGCGCGUGCUCGCUCGCUCUCCGGCUCCUCCCUCGAGGACGUUGGCCCCCGGUUACCUGGCUUUGUGUCCCAUGCCUCACGGCGCCCUCUGCUGGGGGGGCAUGCGGAGGUGCGGCUGAACCGCGAGGUGACGGGGGAAGGGGGAGAGGAGUUUGUGGGGGUGUGGAUGUUCAAAGAAACUUUUGAUUAGAUUUUUUUUGAAGAGGGUCUCCCUUUCUCUCAAUCACACUACAGCCCAACACCAGUGGACAUCAGAUCCUUUUAACCGUUUUAGGUUCAUGUUUGUUGUUCUUCUCAUCCCCCUCUCUCUCUAGUCCCCCGUGUGCUUUGAGGGGGACAGGGAGAGGAAAUGAAAAAAGGAGGGUGUUUUGUCGCUACACAGUUUCAAUGACUAUCUCCUCAUUCCUUCUGUCUCUUUCUGCCUCACAUGUGGUUGUCAUUCAUUGUCCUUCUCCGAGCCCUGGAGACCCUCUUGGAAUGUCACAAACGUUUGGAUCCUGCCUGUUGUUUUGGUUUUGAAGCCAGGCUCCCAGUAAAUACAAUUAACAUUAACACUGAUGUUCUGAUCAACUCUCGUUCCACCAGCAUUCAUGGUGCCAAGUAUGAACUCUUGUGGGGUUCCCCAUCGACGGGGCUGAAAUGGGGACAUUCUAGAACCGAGUCUUCUAUAUCGACUGCGGUUCUUGAGGGUACCGUGCUGUUCUACAUGCACUGUAUGCUGGGUGUCGACGGAAAGUGCCAAACCGGCCUUUUCUCUCGUCUUUUUUUUCUUUUUCUUUUUUUUCCAGCCGUACAGUCGUUGCUUACGAUUCUUUUCUUCCUUUUUUUGUGGAAAGAUUUCUAAAUAUAUAGAUAUAGAAUUAUAUAUAUAGUUAUAUAUACAUGUGUACAAAGAAGAAAGUAUAUAACAUGGUUUUCUCAUUGGAGGAUCUAUGCAUGACUUAUUUUUCAAGAUGACGAUGAUGAUGAUAAGGAUGAUGAUGAUGAUGAAGGGGUAGGCGAGAAGGAUACCGGAUAGUCAGUGUUCACAUGUGCACGCUUCUUUGUCAGGGUGGGCAGUUUCUGGUCAGGAACGCCUCCCCAUCCUGCUGUGUUUAAGUGUCAUCUCCACAGAGACCCUCCGAGGUGUCCCUCCCUCUACACAGACCCCUCCCUCUACACAGACCCCUCCCUCUACACAGACCCCUCCCUCUACACAGACCCCUCCCUCUACACAGACCCCUCCCUCUUCACUCUCCCUCUCCUCAACAACACAAACAUGUCAGAGUCACAGUGGGUAAACACCCCAAAAGAUGACACACACCAGUACAAAAAACAAAACAAGGUACGAAACGUCUCUCACACUGGUUACUACUUAGCAGCCUAUGAAGGAGUAGGAGAACGACCCCACCUCCCCCCCCCCCCCACCACCACCCCCACUUCCCAGUAGAUCUCCCCCUGCCUAGGCCUUCACUCCUGUCUCCUUCCCUCCGUUGUCUUCGAGUGGUGCGUGUUCUCCAGAUCAAGUUCUCAGCUCCAGUGUCGGCCGGUCGGCCCCAGCUUGGCUUCAUCACUUCAGAUGUACGAGGAGCAGGCGGCUCACUUCCUCUCUCCUUCCCUCUUUUCAUUUUCCCUCUCGCGCUCUUCCCUACUCUGGCUGCCUGUGUUUCUAUUUCCAGCACAUACAUAUUCUGUUUGAUGAGCGAGUGUGUGUGUGUGUGUGUGUGUGUGUGUGUGUUUGUGUGUGUGUACUGCAGCAUGUCAGAAUUGCUUCACAGGGGCAUAGGUAGGCCUAAUUAGAGAGCACAGACAGGAUGAUGGAGUGAGUGUGUGAGAGAGAGAGAGAGAGAGAGAGAGAGAGAGAGAGAGAGAGAGAGAGAGAGAGAGAGAGAGAGAGAGAGAGAGAGAGAGAGAGAGAGAGAGAGAAGGAGAGAGAGAGAGAGAAACAGACAGACAUCCCAUCUCCGAGGCUAACCCCCAUGCCGUCACAAUCCCAGACUUCGAAAUAACAAUCCAGUUGUUUACCCCUAACCCAUUUUAUACCUUCCACCCUUUCGUUCAGCUUCUCCGUCCAGCUCUCCACGCUCUGUAUACCCAGGGGGCAGGCAGGCUAGCUCCAGUCUGCAUCACUGAGCAUCUCAUAUCCAGACCACCUACCAGACGUCACGACUGCACCACACACAGGUAACACCAAGCACACCUGGCCCCGGCUCUGUCAGCAUCUGUCAGAGGAAGAGGAGGGGGAUGAAGAGGGAGGAAGAGGAAUUGACAAUCCCUCGACCAGGGUACUGUAGGAGCAAAAUGAUUGACUUGUCCUUUUCCGUUCCUCCCUCUUCUCCCUUUUUGGGUUUAUUUUGGUACAUAUGGGAGAGACUUGAUUUCUUUUAUGUAAUGUCAUGUGACAGGGGUCACGGGUCAUGUGCUAAACCACCACGGCAAAACGGCGACCUGAUCCACAGCUCAUGUUGAAGAUGGAAACUUUAGCAAAUGUGUCUCGUGUCUGCUUGUGUUAUAGCUUUCAGUGUUUGGUUGGUUUCUAGUUUACUACUGCCUGAUAUCCUGGCAUAGGAGCCAGAGCUUGAACUGGUACCAGGCUGACAUUUUGUUUUAAUAGUACUGCAGAUAAAUCCUAUUGGACAACAAGCUAUGUCCUGGGAGACUUUGGACCGAGAGACUCUGGGAAAGCAUCUAGGUUGUUGCAGCCUUGAACUCACCGAAAGGUCUGACAGAGAGAGAGAGAGAAGGCUGGAGGGUCGGAAGGCAAUAUGGACCUGCAACAUUUGCUGCCAUCUUGUUAAGGAUUAGCGAGUGUGUCAGUUAUUUCCUGUCCAGGGUCCAGGUGCCCCCCCCCCCAGCCUCUGUGAACUGUUUUAUACGUACUCUGUUGAAAAGAGGACAAUAGGUGGUUGGCAAAGAGAAAUGACGGUACCACCAAAAUCGACACCAAUUCAGCAACUGGAGAUGAACAGCAACAGACUAUUUCCUUUUCUGUCUUCUUUUCCUUGUCUGUUUUCUAAGCUUCUAACACUAGGGGGCGCCACAGUGGGGGAACUCAGCAGAGCUACCCCCCUUGCACCAGUGGAAGCUCCAACCACCAGAGGUCAUGCACAGAGAUCAUGGAGAGACACGUCUGGCAAAAGAGGGGCAUAACUGUACAUUUUUAAGUGUAACAACAAACAGACAAAAAUAUUUGUAAAUAUUAAGUUUCUUGUUUGUUUUAUGAGUGAAUGAACGAUAUUUAGUUUGUGACAAUUAUCAGACAACAGGUGCAAGUUGAUGAGGGGAGCCCUCCGCAGGUAUUAUCUCAACUGACAUCAGACAGCUCACUGUUUUCUUUCGUGGACCCAUUCUAAGGGGUCUCCUCAUACACUAGAUUCCGGUUCCUUCCGGUUCUGUUAGUUCUGUGGUGUUCUGGCCGUACACGCGUAGAUAAGAGUAUCGAUUAUGGUCUGUGAUUCUGAACAACAUAAAGAGUAAGAUGUAUGUAGCGUCAUAAUGACUUUUCAUCUGGUCAAAUUAAGCACCAAGUAGCAGGGAUUCAUCUCCACCCUGUGGCCCCCUGGGAAAUGUGGUUUUUAAACCCAAUUCACAAAGUAGGGUAUGCAUAGAAGAUGCCAGGGCCUUUUUUUACAGUACAUGGUCAGAUUUCUCACCCAUGAUGUCGGAUACCUUCCCCUUGUGGUACAGAGCUUACUCUCUCACAUGGUGGAAGUCUGCCUCCGAAGCUCACCUGUAGCCACAGUGUCACAGAUGGAGAAAUGAGGGCUUUUACAACCUAAGAUGCCUCGUAUCCACAUAGGAGAUCACACAGACGGCUCUAAUGUCCCAUCCGGUACACUGUGUUACAAUGUGUGUGUGCCCAUGAACAGUAGUGGUAUACCUCUGUAUGAGGGGUGUUUGUAUGUGUGUUUUGUAUGUGUAAAUGUGCACGUGUGUGUGUGUGAGUGUGAGGUAGAAAGACAGGAAGAUAUAGAGGAUUGAUUUCAGUACCUACAGUAUAUAUAGUCCAUUUUCUUUGGCAGAGAUUUAGUAGUAUUCUUAAUUUACUUUAACAACUUAAAACAUGUGACCUGACCAAAUGAAAUCCAUAUUGGAUUUUAGUGUGCUAUUCCUCAUCAUACCUUGAAGAAAUUAGUUUCAGCGUGGUGUAGUGACCACAAUUUAUUUGUACUUUUAACUGACAAACUGUGUUUCUCAUUACAGCAGUUCAUCUGCAGAUCUACCAUUUUCUGGGUGGGAUGACAGGUCAUAAACAAGGUAGCAAAAAUACAGGAUCAAAGCAGCUGAACUUCCUGUAUGGUCUGACCACGCCUCUGGCAUCUUUGGCCAGAGCUAUAGAGUACAUAGCAGUAGGCCAGUUACACUGAAGCACAUAAUAAUAAUGAUAAUAUGUUUAAUUUUUAUGUCCAACACCCCUGGGAUAGGCUACACACCCUAAACUAGAUGUCUGUUCUGUCUGCAUAGGAAAUUUGCACCUGUUGUCUUGUUUUUACUUUCUUUGCUGAAUUCUGAAACCCAAGACUUGAGAUGAAGAACAAUGUUAAUAAUGGAGUUUAAAAAAAUAUGAUUAUUAUGAAGAAAAAAAAAAAGUUAAAGAUAAACUUAUAUAAAUAAGGUGAUGAUAUUUCUGUUUACUUUAGAAGUUAUUACACACUGUAUGCUGUGAUUCUGAUCCGGAGAUCAUUAAAGACAGUCUUCAUA